UGACAAAGCCGCCUCCGCACAGCCAAACUAUAGUCGCUCCGAGUACGCGCGAUUGGCGCGCCCCAACGCGACGCAAGAUCUGUGAUAGCUUUUUGGCGCUGCGAACGAAGCCCGCCUGUGAAAAUUAGCGCGCGCCGCGCCGGACAGACUGAGCGCGGCCGGGCACUGAACAGCAAAAAGCGUGUAACGCGGCCGAAAUAAUGGCCGAGCAGAAGAGCGCGCGCGGCUCGUGCGUCGGACAGCGUCCCGGCACCGCUUCGCGGCGUGAACCGCCGCCCCGCGGGCUUCAACUUUUUCGGGCCGAGUCGGCGUUUUACGUCGAACGGCCUCGCGCCAACGAUGGAGCCGCCGCCGCGACGGCGUGCCGGAGGCGUAGAGCCACGUCCGCCGCGACGCCAUCGCCGCGAAAACGCCGUCGACCACGCAGGUUCCCCGCGAAACUCUACGACUUGGUGGACGGCCACUCGCAAGUGCCCGAGGACGAGGCGAUCGUCACGUGGUGCGAGAACGGCCUAGCUUUUAUAGUAAGGGACCUGAACCGCUUCUGCGAGGAGGUCCUGCCGGCCCACUUCUGCCACAACAAGUGGGCGUCCUUCAUCCGACAGCUGAAUUUGUACGGGUUUCGGCGCAUUACGCAAGGACAGAGUUCAGGUGCUUAUUGGCACAAAUUUUUCCAAAAGGGCGAACCGCAUCUGCUGCGCGGGAUUAAGAGAUCGCGAAGGCAGGGCUCGGGUGCGAAGAAAAAACAACAACAACAGGAGCAGGAGCGGGAGAACCAUUCUACUGGUAGAUAUGCGACCCGGCAGCAAGACGACUUAAAUGCGGGCUGGGGCUCGUCGCAGCCGCCCAUGCACGCGUCCGUUCCCUUGCCGCCCAUGAGCGCGGUGUUGCCGCAGCUGCCGCCGCCGCCCAUCAUCUCGGAUGAAGCGCUACUGUCCGAGUUGGAUGGUCUGGUGCAGGCGCAGAAGGUUUUGAGCGGCGUCCCUUGUCUUGUCGGUGGCGUCGCGUUGUCGCUGUGGCGCCGUCGACGACGCCGGCGACGCCCCGAGAGGCCGACGACGCGCCGACACACAACGAACGCGCGCGCAGGCCCAGCACGGCGGCCAGGCCGCCGCCGCCGCCGACGCGGCCGCGGGCCACAUGCGGCCGCCUCCUGCCAGAGCCGAUUCGGGGGGGCAGCUGUCCGGCGUGACGUCUGGUGCGUCCCUGUCGCGGUUCCUCGACUCGGCACCGCUGAAUGAUGGGUUGCGGAAACGCAUGGCGUCGCACCAGUCGAUCCACUCCGUCGGUUCUGCCGGCCAGAUGGCCGACAUCGGCCACCAGCAACGGAAGCAGACGGCCUUCCAGGCCGGGCGGCGGACGACGUCCAAAAGCUCAUUAGCGUCCGAUGACUGGGAUUUGAAUAUUGCCGACGUCGACUCGCUGAAUUUGGACGACUGGCGGUGGUCCGAGUCGCAGAACGGCGCGAAUUUGGGCGCCUUCGGCUCCCGGGACUUCCUGCGCGCGCGCGGCGACCAGGGCUUGAGCGUGGGCGGUCUCUCCGCGGGCCUGCCUGCCUCGGACCUGCCGCGGUCGCGGUCCAAGGAGGCCAUUACCGCGAUUAGACCGCCGGCGGACCUGUCCGCUGCGGUCGCGGCGGCAGCAGUAGGCUCGCCUCCACCAGCAGCCUCGGUGCCGUCGAUCCCGCCGGCGGACUCAUUCCCCGCCUCGUAGCCGAGGCUUCCCCUUCAUGAUGAAAAUCGGUCCCCGCUCCCCCACGCGCACGUAAUGUGGCGAAGGGGCCGAAUUCGGUAUUUGUCUUCUAGGUCGGGGCGCUCCAUUGAUCACUGGCCCGCGCGGUUGCCCG